AUGAUCAAGAGCACACGAGAAACUUACACAACACCACAGACUCUACUACACAACGCCACAGACUCCUCUACACAACGCCGCAAACUCCACUACACAACCCCACAGAUACGCUACACAACGCCACCGACUACACUACACAACGCCACAGACUCCACUACACAACGCCACUACACAACGCCACAGAUACACUACACAAAGCCACCGACUCCACUACACAACGCCACAGAUACACUACACAACGCCAUAGACUACACUACACAGGCAGCUGACUACACUACACAACGCCACAUAUACACUACACAACGCCACAGACUCCACUACACAACGCCACAUCUCUUCACUACACAACGCCACAGACUACACUAUACAACGACACAGACAACGCCACAGACUACACUACACAACGACACAGACUCCACUACACAACGCUGCAAACUCCACUACACAACGCCACAGACUACACUACACAACGCCACAGACUACACUACACAACAGACUCCACUACACAACGCCACAGACUCCAUUACACAACGCCACAGAUACACUACACAACGCCACAGACUAAACUACACAACGACACAGACUCCACUACACAACUCCACAGACUCCACUACACAACGCCAUAGACUACACUACACAACGCCAAAUACUACACAACACAACGCCACAGACUCCACUACACAACGCCAAAGACUACACUAUACAACGACACAUACUCCACUACACAACGCCAAAGACUUCACUACACAACGCCACAGACUCCACUACACAACGCCACAGACUCCACUACACAACGCCACAGACUCCUCUACACAACGCCACAGACUCCACUACACAACGCCACAGACUCCACUACACAACGCCACAGACUCCACUGCACAACGCCAAAGACUACACUAUACAACGACACAUACUCCACUACACAACGCCAAAGACUUCACUACACAACGCCACAGACUCCACUACACAACGCCACAGACUCCACUACACAACGCCACAGACUCCUCUACACAACGCCACAGACUCCACUACACAACGCCACAGACUCCACUACACAACGCCACAGACUCCACUUCACAAAUCCAAAGAUACACUACACAACGCCACCGACUACAAUACACAACGACAUAG